AUGCGUGUGUUACAGGCCUUUGAGCGACGCGUUGUGCUUCAACAACGUGUCUUGGCGGCGCAUCCACAUAUGCAAUUCAAAGAGCAAGAACUUAUGGACCAGGCAGCGAUUUCAUCUCAAGGUCCUUCCACCGCAUAUGCAUCGGCGUGCACGAUUCCGGAAACGUUCAGUGGACCGCAUAUUCCACGCGAAUAUGAAUACAGAUUUGCUCACGACGACCAGUACAGAGUGUCCGCUUUGGGAAAGAAAUCUAAGGUUCAGGUGUGGAAGAAUUGUUACUGUGGACGAUGCGCUCUUCGCUCACUGUAUGGCCGCGGAAUUUCUCCAAAAGACGCAAGAAGCUACGGUGACAGUCCAUGUUCGUAUGGGCUUCAUCAAGUCGCUUAUCGCCUUCUACAAAUUCCUGAUCGUUCAUAUGGACACCGGUACAUUUUGCAGAUUUUUUCUCACUCAACUUCUUUGCAUAUACCGAACAUACAUUUGUCAACAGUCGCCGGAGAACGCAGGAUACCGAUUGCGAAGAACGCGCUCAUCACGCUGAAGCACUACUAUGCAAUUCUGAAGAGCGAGGGAUCGAAAAUCGCAUCGCAUAAGGGAAUCGUUACUAUGGGGAAGUCUAAAACGGCGAGACACGCAAUUUCUGGGAGAAACUUCGACGAAUCCUUGGAUCAAAAUGCGGCAGGGAGACUGAAGCCAGUCGAUCCUAACAUCGCCGCACUGCUAGGUCACUCCGAAGAAGUCCAAGCGCGUCAUUAUGUAGACAGCUGGGCAAAGUCCGCUGUUAAGGGAUACCGUAUUGUGAAGCUGUUAGCCGAAAGACAGAAAGGACUAUUCGGGGCCGAUAUAGCGGCGGCUGAACGGCGCGUAAAAUUCAUGGGAUUUUCCAAGGUGGCUAUGCAGUUGUCGGACGCGGAGGCAGAGGAGGAUUGUGGAGAACGCGAACCCUAUUCGCAAGACGAGGAAGAUGCUGCUGUGGCAUCCGAUUCCAGUGGAUUCGUCCCCUCAAGGCCGACUCGUAGGAGCCCAUUCGAAUUCCUCGACGACGCCGUUACCGAAGAGCACUCGUCGUCCGAGGUCUCCACUCAUUGGCGACUCAUUGCUCUCGACAGAGUGCACUGGCCAGCUAUGAGGCGGAGACAAAUGGUCGCUAGAGACGCUAACCUUGAUAGGUCCAACCCUCCGAUGACGGCUGAACGACUGCUAUUAUGGGUUGGUAUUCAGUCGAAACUACUUCUUCAAUUGGACACCACUCAUGGACUGGACAGUUUCGCAGCAUACAAAGCGAGCCGCAUUGUUAUGUGCCCUGAAAAUGCACAUAGAUACGAUCCCUCCAAUGAGGUCAUUCCAUUCGACGCGGAUAAUCAGCUGAGUAAGCUGCUCAUGGCAGCUUACGGAGAUGCAUAUCAUAGGAAGAGGAAAGCGUCGGUGGUGAUUGUGCUGAAACCGGCAGUCGGUAUCGCAGCAGUGGUACUUCUUGGUGAGGCCAUCUCACCAAGUUCACCACAAAGAAAGAAGUUCACAAAUGACGGUGACGGUGCUCAGCGCUCGAAUCCACGAUGGGAUACAAAAGCCGACCAACCACUGCUGAAGAAGCCACGAACGCGUUCUACAACGUAUACGCAAAUAAUAACAUAG